GAUCCUGGUUGGUUUCUCGAUUUUUCUCUACCAUUACCUUUUUAAAAGUGAAGAAAAGAACCCAAUUGGUAACAUCAAUACGCUAUAAAUCGAUAAUUCUUAGAUGAUCGCUCUUUUGAACAGCGGUUACUGUCCGUAUUCUCCUUCCACUAUCCAGACAUCAUUAUCCGACCCACGUUAGGAUCCUUACUCCCGCGUAAUCUUCUCGGCGCACCAAAUCACAGCAAGAACAUCGUAGCGCACGUAUUACCAUGGAUCCAAGAACAAGAGAUGGAGGCAGAGGAACAAAUGUCGAAUAAUAACAAUACCACUUCCACUGCUGCUGCUGUCUCUGCUAUCGAACCCAUUUUGGGAAGCACGGUAGCCGGCGGUUUGGUGACAGUACACCGAAUCAGUCCAGCCUUAUUCGACAUAUUUUCAGCAUUGCAAGAUCGACUUGUCCACUAUGCUUCAUCGAUGUUUAUCAUUCUUGGAUCGUCGAAAAACUUUUACUGGUUCCGCGGCCUGAGUGCUCAAAAACAACAACAGCAUACUGUCAUCCAUGGGGAUCUUCUGACGCUUUAUCUUCGACUUGCACCUGAACAACAACAGGAAGUGAUACAGCUCAAUUUAAGCAAGGACGAUAGCCAAAAGCAACAAGUUUUGUUUCUGAAUCUCAUACGCGCAUUUUUGGAUGCGACGCCUACAUCCUCGGACGAGCAUGGUGCCAGUUUACGACAGAAUUUAUGGCGAAAGAGGAUGGCUGUAUCAGCAGCAACAACUGUAACAGAUGAGAAUGGCAGCGAAGGAAACGGUGGACAUGGUGACGAUGACAUCAAUGAUGAUGAUGAAGACGAUGUCGAGUUGUUGUAUACAUAUUCAGGCGAAAUAGCAUGGAUGAUGGAUCGGUUGUUACGCGCAAUGGAAAGAUACUGUUGAUAGUGAUAAUAUGACGAUAAUUACAAAUAAAAAGGCGACGAGAAA